AUGUCCGGAAUCCAAGCCCAGCUCGACCAAGGCGCCGUCCCCAACGCCAUUUCCAACGUCUGUCCGCCAGGCACAAAGUUCCACGUGCUGGAAGUGGGAUGGCUCGAAUGCGACAAAGGCUUCGUAAUCAGAGGUGGCAACACCAGCGUGAAGUCCAACGAAAACGGGUCAUUCGUCAAUGAGCGAUGCGAAAUGCCCAUGUACUGCAUUUUAAUCGACCACCCGCACGAGGGUCUGAUCCUCUGGGAGACCGGGAGCGGAAAGGAUUAUCCAACGGUGUGGGGCCCGGCAAUCGCCGAUAUCUUUGCUCGGGUGAAGUACGAGCCUCAGCAUGAGCUUCGCGCCGCCGUGGAGGCGACGGGGCAUAAACUUGACGGUAUCAAGAAGAUUAUCAUUGGGCAUCUGCACCUGGACCAUGCGGGUGGGCUUGAUGAGUUUUUGCAUCGCACGGAUGUCGAGGUCUGGGUGCAUGAGAAGGAAUUGACGAAUGCGUUUUGGUCGGUUGCUACAGGGGCGGAUGUGGGAGUUUACUUGGAACAUUAUCUUAAGUUGUCUUUGAACUGGAAGACGUUCAAUGAUCAGACAAUGGACUUCUGCCAGGGCAUCACACUGCACCAUCUCCCUGGGCAUACGGAUGGUCUCAUUGGUAUGCAGAUUAACAUGCUCAACACGGGAACGUUCUUUUUCAUUAGUGAUCAUUGUCAUGUUAUUGAGAAUGUGAGUGAUGCUUGUGUGAUCCACUCGCGCUUUACUGACUUGGACCAGUGGCGAGAUGGGAUCCCCCAGGGUUGGUUGGCUCGAGAUCACCCAUCGUGGUUCAGGAGUACACAGCGUCUUAAGCACCUCCAACGGAUCACCAAGGGGCAGGUGAUUCCCGGGCAUGAUAAAGAAACCUUUUUGGCACUCCAGGGCCAGGCUGACGUUUUCACCUGA